ACAAGUCUGGACAAACAAUUUAAUCACAGUUUGAAAGAGCAUCACAAAAUUAGUAAUAUUCCGAAGUUUCGUUGCAAAAUGUUAUAAAAUGCGUGUAAUAUAGCCUUGCGAAGUUUGCCGUUUUUCAGUCAUUUUGUAUUACAAAUGGGAAAUUGAUAAUCAGAUGAUCAAACUGAUUAUCAAUUUCCCGUUUGUAAUACUAAACGACUGAAAAACGGCAAACUUCGCAAGGCUAUAUUAUACGCAUUUUACAACAUUUCGCAACGAAAGUUCGGAAUAUUACUAAUUUUGUGAUGCUCUUUCAAGCUGUGAUGAAAUUUUUGUCCAGACUUGUCUAGAUCAAAAUUUCACUUAAAAGGGGAAAGGUCUAUUGCCUUUAACCUUUUCUGCUUUCCUGUGUUAAAGAACCUACAGUAUGUCACUUUAAAACAGCGCUUUGGCCUUUUUAUGUACAUACGUUGUAACAAAAAAACAUUUGCGAGUUUUAAUGAAAGCAAGUAUUUCUUUGGAAGAAUAAGUAAGUAAAUUCAGAAUCUGUAACCUUAGUAUCUUAUCACAGGUUCUCCGACAUUGGGUGAGAUAUUCAACCCAGCUCGAGAUUGUUCUGAUAUUGUUGAUCAAUUACCCGAAGCUGAGGAUGGAUUUUACUGGUUUGUUCUGCCCAAAUCAACGAAGCACAAGGUAUGUGUCUGGAUUAUGACAUGUCCACCAAUAAGCCUUCUCCACGCCAUGCGACCAGGCCUUCUAGCAAACCAGGUUUUGGGAGGGAGUGACUUUAGUGAAGUAAAAAUGCAGUACGAGGAUAUGAAGUGAAAAGUUAUUUGCAAGGACAAUUGUGCCCUAAUAAAUAAAACAAAAAUUUACCUUCGCUAACAACGGUAAAUAUAAUACCAGGUAAAUGGUGUGAUUAAUUAUUGAAGGGUAUUGUAGACGGAAAUUAUUGAGUGUAAAUGUUAUAUACAUUCAUUAGACCCAAUCAGGAACAACUCAAAAAAUUCAACUAUAGGUCCCCGGCAGGAAUCGAACAUGCCCAGCAAUUCCAAUGCAGCGCUCUAACCAACUGAGCUACAACUGUUUAAUUAGUUUAAAUCUCGAAAUUGUAUAGCAAAUCUCCAAAAUGUAUGGUAUUUGUCUCUUUUAGUCACCUAGCUUGGAAAUAUUUUGAAAGCUCGCGCGUGAAAAUCUUUCACGUUGGCGUGAAUAUACGAGUCUAUUUUCUUUAUUAUUUAUGACAAGCAAGCACACUUAUUACGUUUAAGUUCGCAUAUGUAACAAAAAAUUAUUUGGGAUAGAUUUGGUGUGACGUACAUACAGAUGGUGGUGGAUUUGCGUUGGUGGGAAUGAAGGAUAGUCCUGUAUCUUGGACAGUACCGUCUAAUUCUACCCCUGUUGAUCCUCAAGGACCCCCACAUUGGUCCAGUGAUCUUGGUGAUGUCAAAGUUCUGGACUUUAGAGUUCAAUUUUCAACUGAUAAAGGUUUUGAAGGAACAAAGGCAGACUGGUAAGAAAGCUUUGGUUCGGACUGGUGAAAAACUAAUUCCAUAAAACUUUCUGAACUAAAAUAAACCUCAAGAGUAAUAACAACAAUAAAACGACAAAAAGUGAGAAAGUUGCAGGAAACAAUAUCAAACAAUACAGGAAACGUAACCAAGAAAAUGAACAUCAAUACUUGGCAUAGAAUCUGCAAAGGGCAUUGAGGACGCCCCCUCAACACAAAACAGAAGAAAAAUACGCGCUUUCCAAAACGUUUCUUCAAGAUGCAUUUCCUUUUAAUUUGAGUGGUUUCCUCUUCGUAUAUGGAAAGUCCUGCAAGUAUGAGAAAAACGCGAGUGCUGUGAAAAUUGCAAAAGUAAAAAAAUCCUCUUCUUACUGUAGGUUUUACCGAUUAAAUCCGCAACGGAAGUUUGGAAAUCUAUUUUCUGUGAACAACGGAUGUCCGUAUCUCCAAGCUGGAAUUGGAAAUAUUUCAUUUGUCAAGGAUCUCUCGACGCAGUCUGUCCUUACUAAUAAUUUCAAGUGCUCAAAGUUUGGACAACAUGUACACCAUAUGUUGGGAUGGGUAUGCAGCUGAUUUUCAGUAAAAUAAUAUUAUACAUGGUGUCCCAAAAGAAUGGCUCCCACUGUAUUUUGUGGUAUUACAACAUCCGCUUAAGUAAAUUAAAAGUUUCAGAUUUCUUUCAUCGAUGAUAUAACUAUCAUAUUCAAUCAUAUUGUUUCAAUCUAUUUGAUUUGUAGACGGAAAUUUUGAGUGGAAUUUUUCAACAUGAGCUCCACCUUUGAAUUUACUAUAUGAGUAAAUUCUUAAACACGUCCGAAUUUAUCAUUAUGAUAAAUUCGCGGCACAUUUUGAAUUUAUCAAUAGAGUUAAUCAUAAAACCACAAGCAUUACACAAGAUUUCUUGUUAUAAAUGUAAUGGCACUAAAAGGGAGGCUGGUCGUGCAGGCGCGGGCAGGGUUUCAAGUUUUUUAAAAAAGUAGUUUUUAAAAAAGUUUUAAAGAAAAAGUUUAAAAAGUUAGAUUUUUAAAAAAGUUAAAAAAAUUUAAAAAGUUAGGGGUUAUGGGUUAGUGCUAGGUGCCGCGAAUGUAUUAUGAUAAAUUCAAAAUUUGCCGCGAAUUUAUCAUUUUGAUAAAUUCGGACGUGUUUAAGAAUUUACUCAUAUAGUAAAUUCAAAGGUGGAGCUCAUGCUGGAAUUUUUAUACAUUUAGUAGACCUAACCAGGAGCAGUUGUGAAAAAUGCAACUAUCAGGAAUCGACCCUGCAAGGGACGAUGGGAAGUAAGGUGUCACAUUGGUGACAUUGCUGAUUAUGCUGAAAAAAUUAAAAUGGUGGCCGUGUAAACACGGAGUGAUAGCUUAUACUUGUAAAUAUUGAAAUAUUUCGGUUGUUUUGGUAGUUUUUAUUGAAAUUUUUCAGCAUAAUCAGCAAUAUGAUACCUUACUUCCCAUCAUCCCCUGCAGGCAUAAACUAAAAGCUGGAAUUGCCCUAUUGCGGUCCAGCGUUCUGCUACUCUCCGAGCAACAAAGAGUUGCACAUGCGCAGAUUCGUUUCGUGCCAGAGGGCCAACAGUUCAAUUUUUCAACUGCGUCUGGUUAGGUCUAAUCAAUGUAUAAAACAUUCCACUAGAAAUUCCAUCAACAUUAGUUCUAUCGGGAGUGAGAUACCCAAAAUCCUGAUCAAAUCACCAAUCGUUUGCCCACCGUUUGCCUUCAGUACUCUAACUUGUCCAAAUAUGGAAAUUAGGUAAAAUAAUCGGGAAGGUUUUAUGCAAUUAAUUAAAUACUAAGUUCUUUGAAUGUUUGCAUGGCGAUAAAAUAUAAUUGUUUUUGUUUGUGGAAACACCACGUAAAUUUAUUACUGCAAAGUUUUCGAUCCGUAAGCCCGGAUCUUCAUCAGUGCUAAUGCAUAUUAUUAGCACUGAUGAAGAUCCGGGCUUACGGAUCGAAAGCUUUGCAGUAAUAAAUUUACGUGGUGUUUCCACAAACAAAAACAAUUAAUUAAAUACUUCAAAUAAAUUAUUUUCGACCAGCCGUUCAUAAUUUGAAAGUUUCAAAAGUUGAAUCUUUCAAGUUCAAUACUGUACAUUAUCCAACUUUUCUUCUACAAAGCAGCAAUUUAAGGACAUUUUUAUUUUUCGGCCUAAUCUUCCGUAUCAUGUUACUAAUUUUUAUAUCAAACGAAACUUUAAUGUUAGAAACCACAAACAAUCAGUUGAAGAGUAGACAGGAAUUAUGCUUACAAACAUCUCAUUAAUACAGACACUUAAUAAUAACUACCAAUAAAUACUUUUUGCCUAAUUUCUAUAAUUUGGAUAAGUUGAAAUAUUGGUAAAAGUUAAACGGUUGGUUAUUUUGAUAAGUCAAAUAUUAACGUAUUAAAACAAUAGCUAUAAUAAUUCUUUUAUCUAGUACUGAAAAUCUGAAACUUGUAUGAAAGCCGCCAAUGUUGCAAUACCACAAAAUAUAGUGGGGGCAAUUUUUCGGACAUGUUUCUCACAAAAAUCCUAUUUUGUUGACAUUCAAUCUUUUAUGCCUUCUAGAAGAAUUUCUUUGUGAAAAAUAAUUAUUUCAUUCUCAUUUUAGGGAAAAAUGAAUUACUGUCUUCGACAUCAGUGCAAAAACGGUUACGCAGUGUUAGAUGCAAUUAAAUUUCGAUACGAUAACUUUGGAUCAUACAGGUACUGGAUCAUAAAGUUUUAAUUGUCGUCAAUACAUACACAUAAAUGUGAAAUGAUGAUCCAAUUUAAUAUUACCUAUACAUAAUCAGAACAACAUUUUAACCGUUGAUUUUGCAUAGACGUUAGUGAAUUCUUAUUGGCUGAAAUUGUAAUUUUCUUCAGCUACAGCGCUGUUUCUUCAUUCUCUGGAAUGAAUCAUAAUUCCACCGCUUUUGUUGGAUGUGAUAAUGGCAAGGUAGUUAUUUCCUAUAUGACGUAUUGAAGAUACGUAUAUCAAUGUUCUAUAUCAAUGUUCAAAGAACGUUCACAUCACGUUGAUCAAGAUCAAUGUCUAUAGUCUUAAAUUUUAAAUCCAUGUGCAAUAUAUCCACCUACAAAAAAUUGGCAUUCCUCCAUAUUUUGUAGUGUUGUGCAUGUUUUGGACCCAAAGGUGGAAGACAAAACUACUGUGGUCCUAAAUGUACAGCAAUUAACGGUGGAACUGUAAUGAAGAGCGCUUUCGUUUGGUUUUGGGUGCGAACCAGAAUGGCUGAACGUCUGUGGAAAAGAUGUAUGGAGUUUGUGGUGAAAAAUUCCGCAGGAAAACUUGAAAAACAUUUCAUUGAUCCACAAACAGGCACCGCACAAAAGGUGGGGGAUAUUAUUGAAAGUUAAAAUGACACUAUUUUGAUUAAUGCAACUGACACAGCACAAAAGGUGGGGAUAUUAUUGAAAGUUAAAAUGACACUAUUUUGAUUAAUGCAACUGACACAGUACAACAACAACAACAACAACAACAACAACAACAACAACAACAACAACAACAACAACAACAACAACAACAACAACAACAACAACAACAACGUUAAAGAGUAACGCCAGUGAAACCGACAAUGACAGCCAGAAAGUAACAAGAGCAACAGAACAGCAACAGCAACAAUGCCAAGGCAACAACCCCAACAACGACGACAAUGACAACAACAGCUGUAUCAGUAAUGGCAACAUGCACAGCAAUGGCAAAACCAUGCAGCAAUAAAAACAGCAAUAACAACAAUUACAAAUUAUAUUUAAUCAGCAGUUUGGUUUGUUUCAGGGCUCCUGCUCAGGAAAACUUAAAUCAGUUUUAAACGAAGGUGUAAGUGGAAUAUUUCAAGAAAAGAUUUAUACUACCGGCAGCAGUUAUUCUGAACUCCAAACCAUUUUUCUCUGACAAUACGCCCGACCCCUGCACAAGCAUCGGAUAUUUCUUAACUCGCUUGAUGUUAUAAAGAACUUAAUUCUAGACAUUGACAGUAUCUCAUCGGAUAUUUCUUUAUUCUACCGCAGACAUUGACAGUAUCUGACAAGGAAAGUUUUGAAAAGAUUCCAGAUGUUCCAGGUCUUCUCUCAUAUCGUAAAGAUGAUAAACAACUUUAUGUAAAUCAAGGAUCAAACUGGCAAGCAUUAAGUACUGAACAAGAGGUUAGUUUAAAUAUGAAGAAAUAGCACGUUGCGCUGUUAAAAUGUACCAUUAUACAGAUGAAAUUGCGAAUAAAUUUAGCAAGUAUCAUUAAGACAACAAUACAAUUACUAUAAAUUUAUUGUACGAUCAUCCACAUUAAAAUUGUUUAUUGUUUCUGACGUUUCGGCUACCUAUACGGCAGCCAUUAUCAAAGACGUAUUACAGUUACAAAAUUUACUGUUAUAUUAAUUUUAUCUUGCGUCAAAAUGACGUGCGCGUGAAGUUGUUUGCUCGCUCCUGCGUUCAAGGCAUGCAAUCACAGAUUAUAAAUUCUACUGAAUUCUAAAUUUGUUACUCAAGUUUUUUCACUCAAAAACAACAAAAUAAAACAAAAUGCUAUUCUUUCAUUUACAUCCAGUAAAUUUCUCGGUCAUUGCUCACGUCAUGAUCACGUUUCAUGGCGUGGAUUACACUUACUGUCAAAAUGGCGGCCAACGCAUGCGUAUAAAAAAUCUCGGACACAAAUUUUGCUUAGUGAGACAUCUGGUAGAAUUUAUAAUCUGUGAUGCAAUACAAAUACACAAUUACUCCUCGUCGAAUUCAAAUAUGGCCGAUUUACUGGAGAAUGAAUGAAAAAUGGAAACGUGAUUCAUAAUCAAGUGCGCAUUCGAUAUUUAGUAUAAGCACGUAUUAAAUACAAGAUUACAUCUCAUUUAAGCUUCAGCAAUUAAAGAAACAAAUUCAAAGUCAAGAAACCAAAAUUCAAAAGCAAGAAAAGAAAAUUCACAGUCAAGAAAAGAAAAGUCAAGCUCAAAAAAACAAAACAAUCAUUCAAGAAAAGAAAAUAGAAAAUCAAGAAAGCAAAAUUCAAAGUCAAGAAAAGAAAAUUCAAGAUCAAGAAAACAAAGCCAUCAUUCUGGAAAAGAAAAUUCAAAGCCAAGAAAAUAUGACACAAAAGCUGGAAAAAGAAAAUCAAGGUAACAAAAUAAAAAAUAAUAUAAAAAUGGUUUAGGUUAUAAAAAACUUUUACAUUUUCGGUUAAGAAAUUGGUCAUGGAUUUUCGCAAUGACAUCUCGCGAUCAAAGGAUGUACUUCUUCUGUUAUUCAAGUCUUUGGUGAGACCUCACCUUGAAUAUUGUGUACAGGUAUAGGCACCCACCCCAAGAAUAGGAACUUGGGCGUAUGUUAUGAGUCUCCAAAGCUGUCAGAGGAAAUUUACUAAGCGUAUCGAAGGAUUUGGUCAGUUAACUUACGAAGAGAGGCUUUCUAGGCUGGGUUUAACAACGUUACUGGAGCGUCGUACUAGGCCUAGGUGGUCUAAUAAAACAUUUAAGAUUUUAAAUGGCUUCGUAAAUUACGGUCUGAAUAUGUUCUGUAAAGUCAAGAUCGGGAAGGAACUUACUCCAUAUUCCUUAUCGAGCCACUACUAAAGGAAAUGACAUUUUUAAGUCACAGAAUAAGGCACACAGAAGGUCGACUCGAGUAACCGCUGCCACGCCAUGAUUCAUCAUCAAAAUGCUGAUGCCAUGGUCCUAGCCAGUGCGCGUUUGAGAGGCAUUCCCCCCUGGACGUCCGCCAUUUUGAAUAAUAUCAGGGGGUGAAUGCCUCUCAAACGCGCACUGGCUGCGACCAUGGCGUCAGCAUUUGAUGACGAAUUACGGGUUGCGGCAAAAUCAAGGAAAAUCAUAGGAAAAACCAAGAAGUCGGCCUUCUGUGUACCUUAUUCUGUGGUAGAGUGAUCAAAUACUCGAAUAUGUUAUACCAUCUUACGUCAAGGUGAAGGUGAGCAAAUUCCAUCAAUGACUUUAAGGCUAAACUAGAACAACAUAAACUGGACAACAUAGAAAGAGACACUAACAAUGGUUUUUGGGAAUGGUUUUUAAACGGAAGAGUUUUUAUUUACAUACCGUAUAUAUUUUAUGUAGGCUUAAUUUUAUUGAGAUGCCCAGAGAGGCAUAAUUUAUUAAAGUUAAAUAAAAAUUAAAUGAGUUACUAACGGCAACGUUUUUCAAUUUUAUAAUCGUAGGGGGAAAAGUUCGUUAUUAAUGAGCUUAUUAAAUUAAAGGGAAUAAAGUGAUUUAAAGUAUUACAUUUUGCUUCUAUACGCCUGCUUUGUGUGCCAACAUGCAUACUAAUGCAGCUAAACCAGAGGACACUAUCUGACUCUGGAAAAGUUUACUAGACUCUCGCCAAACUCUAACACCCAAACGUAACAACCAAAUUCCUGGCUAGUAAAUGUAGAUGAUAAUAAUAAGCAUGCAAUUGAUAAAUGCGAGCAUUAAACAGUGAAUAAUAAUAGCCUAAUGUGAACUUGUUGUCUUAGUUUCAAAUCCGCGAUUUUACUGAAUGUGCAUGUAUAGAAAACAAUUUUAUGUUUCUUGCUAUAUGUCUGCGGCUCGCAAAUUAUUCUUGCCUUUUUGCUUGUAUACAUAUGUAGUAAAUUAACUUCACAAAGACACUUGGCAAUGAAAACUGCUUAUUUACAAUGGAUUACAUUGCCGCCUCGAUUUCAAGACAGGGGCGCCGGAACCACUGGGAGGCGCCUAUCAACAGUAAAAUGUUUGUUGCUAUCCAUAAGGAGUGCAUUGAUAAAGUUUGUACCAAGAGCAUGCAUAGUAAAAGCCUUUAUAAUAGUAAACGAACAACGGCGCAGUCACGUCGGAAGAUAUCAUCAUAUCAAUAAAUCUGUACAAGUUUAUACAAUAACAACAUAAAUGACAGUUAUUAUAUUAGACAAGCACUCAAAUGAGGCAAGCCAUUUUCUAUUUUAUUUUGUUAUUACUGUAUUAUUAAAAAAUGUUAUUAAUGACAAACGUUUCUUCUUUACAAACGUCUGCACAUUUCUUCUAGCAACACAUAUUAUUUAAUGAAUAUAGCCAGACGGCUUGUGAUACUGAUUCAAAAUAAUUGUUAAGCUUGUUUGACAAGUAUAUGUGAACUGAGUGCCCUUUUUCGAGAUUCUGCCCCCGCUGCUCUGGGUUCCUUCCGGCGUUCAAGCUGUGUGCACUCAGGGAAAUUCGGGAAGUGUCUAUUGAUAUCCACAUCUAGCCUUAUGUACUCAGAAUAGUAAUAAGGCCCUGUCACACGGUGCAAUUUUUCAUGCAACUUGUCUCGCAAUGGCGUUACGAGACAAGUUGCACGAGUCAUUGCACCGUUUAACAUGUCUUGCAAUGGUCAAAUUCUUUGCGAGACAAGUUGCAUGAAGCAUUGCACAGAGUAGAAGUCGGUUCUACUUUUGGCAACGAUUGCAGUAAUUAUUUUCAGCGUUGCAGCGUGAAACAUGGCUUCGUGCAACUUGUAUCACAAUGUUUAUAGCUUGGAGAGUUCCUAUUGGCUCUCCCCAGUACACGCUUUACUUUAAUUAAAAUUUGGCGCCAAAUAGCGCCUUUCCCUAGUUUCUUCGCAUGCCUCUGUCCCCUAUCGUUGCGAGUUGCAUGAAAAUCAUUGCAGCGUGUAACACCUCUUGCAAUGCAUUAUGAAAAUCUUUUUUUAAACAUUGCGAGACAAGUUGCAUGAAAACUUGCACCGUGUGACAGGGACUUUAGGCGUGCGCGUCUCACGAAUUAUUUUUAAGUUUAACAGCUUUCAAAACAAACGAAAAAUUUAUAUGUUUUACAGAUAUUGUGAAGCUUAUUGACAGGUUACAUCUACCAACGACUUGUUCAGCUUUGUUAAUAAAACAUCCUUCAACACCCAGUGGACUGUAUCAUUUAAAUCCCCAAGUGUAUUGUGAUAUGACGUCAAAGAAUGGUGUUGGUGUGACGGUGAUUGGUCAUGACAGUGAAUCAAGAACAUUUGUGAAAGGAUAUGAAUCUCCAGGUUCUUACAAACGAAAGAUUAAAUAUCAUGUUUCCAUGGAGCAGAUCCUUGCCAUUAUGAAGCAGUCCAAGAAUUGUGAGCAGUUUAUAAAAUAUGAAUGUUAUGGUAGCGUAUUCAGGUUCAGUUCUGUAGGUUCAUAUUUAGGUUGGUGGGUAUCACGUCAAGGUUCACAGAUGAAGUACUGGGGUGGUGCGGCAGUCAACAGUGGAAAAUGUGCAUGUGGAAUGACCAACAGCUGUGCAGGUGGAGGAAAAUGUAAUUGUGACAAGAAUGACAAGGCAUGGCGUGAAGACAGUGGAUAUCUGACUGACAAGAACACACUGCCUGUCACUGAAUUGAGAUUUGGAGACACAGGUGCCCCUAGCUAUGAGAAAGGAUACUACACACUGGGAAAAUUGCGAUGUUGGGGUUAG